CCGCGGCUAACAGCGGCGGGGGGCGGGGCCUCCGGAGCCAUGGCCGCCCUCCUCCGCCUGCGCGCUCGCCUCCCCUCUCUGGCCCCGCAGUAUUAUCUCAUCAACAGGACCGCAGAUGAAUAUAGGAAAGGAGAUCAUAAAGCUGCGGUUUUGAUCCAGAGUUGGUUUCGAGGAUGUCGAGUGAGGGCAUAUAUCAGGUACUUACAUCAAAAGAUGACGGUUGUACAGAAAUGGUGGAGAGGGUACUUGGGAAGAAAAUACUUCCGACAGAUGGUUAAGACAGAAUAUUUUAAUAUGAAGAUGAAUUUCUACAAUGAAAUGGCUGUCAGGAUUCAGAAACGAUGGCGAGGCUAUCACACCCGGAAAGAGAAACAUAAUUAUUAUGCAAGGAAGAAAUACCUAGAAGGAAUUUCCCGAAACAAUGAAAAUUUAAGGGAAAGAAUGGCGAUAAUGGCAGCGUCGAUGGAGGAAGAGAAGAGGAAGGUAGACCACGAAAGGGAAGAACAGAAAAAGGAUUACCAGGCCCGAAAGAUGCAUUACCUCGUCAGCACAGAGCAGAUUCCAGGUGUGUAUAAUUCACCAUUCAGAAAAUUCCCUGAUCCAAUGGAGUAUCGGUUACAGAAAGCGAAGCCUUUGCCUCACCGAAAGCCUCCAGUUAAGAAAGAUGCUACCGAGGAUUUCUCUAACUGGUUGGCUUGUACUCGCCUCCAUUCUUUUCCUCGAUCACAAGCUCUGCCACCGAUCGACAGAAAGAAAAUCCAGGGGCCCUUCCGUGAUAUUGCUGAAGUAUUGCAUCAGCGCUACAAACCUCUGGAGCCGAGCUUGCGGUUGGCGACAUCCAUCAGCGCAGUAGAACGGGCCGGAGAUGAACUCAAGAGAGAAGAAUGGAGAAGCCACCUAAAUGACAAUGCAUUUUUGCCAUUUUCAUCUUAUCACAAAAAUGAAAAGUACGAGCCAUUAAUUCACACUUCGACCAAGUAUGGCCCCAGACCGUAUGGUACUGAAAAUUUCCGAGAAGAGGAGCGUAAAAAAUGGGUAACUAGCGAGGGUUUCAAAACCGUGUUCCCUUCACUUCACCUCUUCGACAGAUUUGGAAAAGAAUAUUCAAAAGCUGGGCAAAUAGUGUGAAGUUCGGCACCUGAGGGACUGAAAAGCAGCCAGGUGAGAUUUUGAAGCCAGAAUUUUUUCCAAUAAGAUUACGUUCUCCGGCUGGGCUCCUACUUGGCUUGGUGAUCGAGCUAACAGCUGCUCCCCGGGGGGCCGGGGAUUGGGACCUCCGCGCCAGUCUGCCCGGACUCUUGCAACCGGCCUGCGGAGUGGCAGCGGGACGGACGGGUGGGGCUGGUUGCUCGGGAAAUCUGCAGUGCUGUCUCUCGGGCCUACACGCUGACCCCUGGCUCCCCGGGGCGGGCUUCUCAAGUGCCCCCCGUGCCCGGCUCCAGAAACGUCGGCCUGAUCUUCGAAGGGCAAUCCCCGCUCGUGUGAACCCAGCACGACAGAGUACGGAUUCAAACCGAGGGAGUUUCAAAACAGUCACCCUGGGCAGUCCUCGGGAGUUCUGCAAGCGUGUUUAGGCUGUCUGAAUUCCUCAGUCUUUCAGCUCCGACUUUUAACCCAAACGCCGUGAACCUGGAAACGGAGAAAAGCAGAGAUGGAAUCAAAGAUUCCACAUUAGAUGCUAGUCUGGGCCGUUAAAAUUAUCAUCUGCCAAUUGGCUUCCAA